AUGAUUUCAGAUGACUUUAAUUUGGGGCCACAGGAAAAAGCAUGCAAACUUCUGUUAGCUGCUUCUUCUUCACAGGUUGAUGUAUUUUGGCUUUUAACUCUCUGGAAAGAAACCAAAGGCCAACUUAAUGGAUUGAAUUCUGGGUACAGCUUCUGCAGCUGCUGCUGCUCUCUCUUUCUUUCUUCUGUCAUUUUUUUUCCUCUUUUCUCUUUCUCUUCUUUCCACAACAAUGUUGCUCUGUCACUUAUCCGUGUGCUCUCCAAACUGGUACAAAGCUUUGUUGCGGUGUGGUAUUCCGUUCUGCCAAUUCCAUUGUCUUCUUACCGCCCAAGGAGCUACAGCCUUCGCAGUUGGUUGCAUCGGUCCAGAUCUUGUGCCGUUCGUUCGCUUUUCCUCCUCCUUCAUCACGAGCUUUCACCUUCUUUCUUUCCAGUGAACUCCGAUCUUUUCUGUGUCGUCUUCGCUGUUGGUUGCUGGUUUAGGAUCUUGUGCCGUUCGCCUGAGUUCUCUUCCUUCUCUUUUGUUACUGAUAUGCAUGUUAGAGACAAAAUACUGGUGUUGUUUGACUCUUGGCAAGUGGCCCUGGAGGAAAAUAUUCCCAGUAUUACUGGGGGUAUGAGGACUUAAGGGUAAGUCAAAUUUUGGAUUACAGCUGACUGUUUGCUUAGGAAUCUAUGGGCUUAUAUGUUGGUUUAUAAAGCUUCUAUUAUUGCUUGAUU